AUGGCCAAUCCACAAGAAUCUUUCGGGACCCUUGGAUUCCAACUUUACCCCUUGGGCGCAUCACUUGCCGUCCUUACCAUGCUCGGGACACCCAUGUCAGCUACCUUAUUGAUUGGCACUUCAAAUGUUGGAAGACAGACACUGUCCACAGUUUGUUUCUUCCAGAUGACAUCAAUGCCAUCCUACAAUUGCCUAUCUUGUCUCCAAAUCUUGAGGAUGGUUGGGUGUGGUGUUACUCAAGAAAUGGAGCCUUCACGGUAUGUUCCGCAUACUAUGCUAGCUCGUCUCCCCGCACCAAUUGCCCCAUCUCCAAGCAAUUCUGUUUCCAAUACCCUCUUUUGGAAUGCCAUUUGGAAAAUGCAAAUCCAACCCAAGAUCCAGAUGUUUAUUUGGAAGUGCGGACAAAACGCCAUUGCGACAACCUUGGGACUGUCUACUAGAGGAAUUAGACUCAACAGCAUAUGUCCUAUUUGCCGCCUUGAAGAGGAAUCCAUCAUCCAUGCCCUCUUCAAGUGCAACUAUGCUACUGCAAGUUGCAAGGUUUCUCCUCUACGUUUUGAUGUCUCCGAGUUUAAUGGAACCAGCAUACAAGACUGGUAUAUUUUUGUCCACUCCCGAUUCAAGGAUGCAACCACUAAAUCUGGUUUAAACCUUAUCUGGAGUUCCAUCGCUUGGCAGAUUUGGAAGUCUCGUAACAGAGCCAUAUUUGAGUUCAUCACACCUUGCAUCAAAGCAACCCAUGUAGCCUACAAUCUAAUGAUUUCAAAAGGGGAGAAACAUCAAUCUACUGGCUGUAAUUCACAUCAAGAAGUCCCCCAGGCGUUAAACCACGUCCUCCCAUUCCAUGCCAAUUAUUUUACCAUCUUCUGUGAUGGUUCCUGGUCGUCCUCUUCCAACUCUGGCGGAAGGGGAUCCAUCUUUUGGGAUCCAGGUGGAAGGUUCACUGCUGCUAAAUGUAAAUGGAACUACUCAUUCUCAGCUGCCGCAAAUGAAAUUGAAGCCAUUCGGGAUGGGUUGCUGCUUGGACGUUGUCUCGGGAUCCAGAAUUUAAUCAUCAAAUCUGAUUGCCUUUCAGCUAUUUCAUUCAUCAACGGCACAUCAUCGUCCCUUGACUGGGCUGCAUCAUCUCUUGCUUUGGAUGUACUUUCGCUGUCUUGGGCUUUUAUCUCUGUAAUUUUUUGUUUUGUUUGUAGAGACCUUAAUUCCUUUGCUGAUUUCCUGGCAAUGGGAGCUCGCAAACUUAGCUUUCCCGUGUCUGGUGGCUCGACCCACCCCCUUUCAUUGUAA